GGACGAAGGGCUCGGCUUCUCCAGCUAUGAGCCCGGGUCCGAUCGUCUUCAGCCUCUAGCGCCUCGGCCUCUGCGACGGGAGUCCAGCGGCAAGCGCACGUUUCUCCGAGCUGGGCCGAGUGACUCCGCUGUCGGAGCCUCAGAUUACUCCUGCUCUAGCAGUGCGGGUGAUGUGCCUACCCACGGGGCUGUGGUCCACGAGUGGAGGAGCUGUGAAAAGAGCGCGCCGGACGGCAUCCGGACCCCGUCUUCCUCGCCCGCCGCGGCGCUUGCGUCGUCUUUGCUGGGUCCUGCUUCUGGUCGGAGUCUUGGCACCCGGCGCGCCGCAUCCUCCCGCGAGUCUAGUGCGCUGCAGGCGGGUGCCGGUGCCCGCGUCCAAGCAAGGCUCAUUAGUGUGCGCGGAUCCGAGUCAGGGGUUCCUGGAUCGUUGCUGCGUGGCCAGGCGAGGGACUACUGUAUCCAGAUCUCAGGGGCCCCAUCUGAGGGGUCAACAGGGCAAACACUGUGAAGCCUCCCGCGCAGUGGGAGAUUAGUGCUUUGUUUUUAUUUGAUGGCAGGCCGUUCAGAUUUCUUGUUAACCUCUGUGUAGACGUAGAGUAAAUAUUUGUUGAAUGACCGGUGUUAGGGACCCGAGUACCAGUCCUGGCUCUACCACUUAGCUGGUGAUCUUGGGCACUUCGUCUUUAAAAUGAAAUGGCUACCACCUGUUGGGGUGAUUGUAUUAAAAAGCAGGUAGUUAAUGAGAAGGGCUUAGUACUAUACGUGGCACAGAGUACCCGCUCCAUAAAUGUUAUUUUGAAUCUGUACGUUUUAGAUUGCGUGCUACUCGCCCAAGUGCUAUGAAGGAUGAGGCUUGGAGGUGUCAGGGACGGCUUCCUGGAAGAAGUAGUUGAAACUUAUUCUGGGGCUUAAGAUAGAAUUUUAGGUAUUUCCUUGCUUUUCUUUAGUAGGAUCAUUCAUUGUUAGAAGCUGCAAAAUACUGUAGAAACUUCUUUAAGAUACUUUUAGGUUUCUGUUUUUCAAAAUAGGGUACAUAAUUUUAAAAGCUUGCAGUGGAAAAUAGCCCCUGGGCCCCAGUUAUAAUUUCCAUUCUUCUAGCUGUUUCUCCAGAUGUUAUUAAAAAUUGGAAGUAAAUAUUGGAAGUAAAUACCCUAUAAGGGUGAUAUUUCUUUUUUUUUCAUUUCUCUCCUUUAUUUAAAAAAUUUUUUGUUGUUGAAGUACAGUUAAAAUACAAUAUUUUAGUUUCAGGUGUACAACAUAGUAAUUCAAUAUUUAUAUACAUUAUGAAAUGAUCACCAUGGCAAGCCUUGGAGCUAUGUGUUACCAUACAGUUAUUACGAUAUUAUUGACUAUAUAUGUUCCCUUAGGUGACAUUCCUUGACUUGUUAGUUUUAUACAUUGUUUACUGUUAUUCAUGGGAGAUAAGUACUUAGCUCACACUUUUCCUUUCCUCGUCUCACCAACGUGGUUAUGUGGUAAUUUGUUGUUAAAUUAAUAGUGUUUACAUUAUAUAACAAAUAUUCACUGCUGAACCAAAUAGAGUACUGCAACUCUUCCUUUCUUGUACAUUCCAUCAUUUUUACUUAGAAUUAAUAAUUAUCUUAUUUUCUUAUAUGCCUAGUAUUCCAUGCAUAAAUCACUAAUUUUUUUUUCUUCAACGUUUCUCAUAUGCCUAUCAGUAAUUUUUUGCAUACUCUCAAAACCAUCAGUUUUAUCUUUUUCCUGGAUACCUUCCUCUUCUGCUCUAAUCUGAUCUGGUGUCUCUGUGCCUGCUGUACCCACUUCUAAUCCAGAGACUUUUUUUUACAUCUACCCCAGAAUUUGCUUCUUUUUGCUGUUCUCUUGUGUUGAAUUCGCUGUUGCCCCAUCCCCUUUAAUUUUUUUCUUGAUUUGCAUCCUUGGUUUUUGGAGCACAUUUUCCUGUAAUAACUACUUCUUUUUCCUCCUCCUCUUCCUCCUCUUUUUCUUCUUCUUUUAACAGCUUUAUUGUAAUAUAAUUCACAUAUGAUACAAUUCACCCAUUUAGUGUUCAAAUCAAUGGUUUUUAGUAUAUUCACAGUUAUACAACCAUCACCAUAAUCAAUUUUAGAACAUUUUCUUCACCCAAAAAAGAAACCCUUACCGGUUGGUAGUCACUCCCCAUUUUCCUUCAAUCCUCCCAACUCUAGACAACCACCAAUUUGCCUUCUGACUCUAUAGAUUUGCCUGUUCUGGACAGGGAAACGGAAUCAUGAUAUGUAGUCCUUUGUGAUUGGCUUCUUUCACUUAGCAUAAUGUUUUCAAGUUUCAUCCAUGUUUUAGCACGUAACUGUACUGCAUUUCUUUUUAUGGCUGAGUAUUUCACUGUAUGGAUAUACCAUAUUUUGUUUAUCCAUCCAUGAGUUGGUGGACAUUUGGGUCUCCACUUUUGGGCUAUUACCAAUAAUACUGCUAUGAACAUUCAUGUGCAAGUUUUUGUAUAGACGUUUGUUUUCAGUUCUCUUGGAUAUUUACCUAGGAGUGAAAUUGCUGGAUUAAAUGGUAACUCUGUACUUAUCUUUUUGAGGAACUGCCAGACUGUUUUCCAAAGUGGCUGCACCGUUGGACAUUAACACUAGCAGUUUAGAAGGGAAGAUAAAAAACUUUUUGAUUCAUGAAGAGUCUGCUCACUAAGAAGAGUAUAUCAUGCCACUGGUUGAAUUUCCAUCAAAAAGGGAUUAAGCAGAGAAUGGAGAGAAAGGUUGACUCCAGGUCUUUUAGGGAUGGUGCAGUUAAAAAACCUUAUUCUCCAAAGAUAUUGUCCGGCAAGAAGUCCUCUGUCUUCUCUGCGCUCCAGAGCGAGACACCCAGCGCCAGUCGUCCAGUGCAGCAUCGUGCCUCACAUGCUUGCGCCCGAAGGGGCCGGUUAAGAGAACUGCGCAUCAGAUGCGUGGCCAGAAAGUUCUUGUAUUUGUGGAUUCGAGUGACUUUUGGAAGAGUAUUUCCCUCUAAAGCCAGGUUUUACUAUGAGCAAAAAAUACUACGGAAGGUCUUUGAAGAAUGGAAAGAAGAGUGGUGGGUCUCCCAUCGAGAGUGGAAACUCUGUGUUCGAGCUGACUGUCACUACAGAUAUUACUUGUACAACCUGAUGUUCCAGACCUGGAACACCUAUGUGCAUCAGCAGCAGGAGAUGAGGAACAAGUACAUAAAAGCUGAGGAUCAUGAUGCAAAGCGCAAGAUGCGACAGGCCUGGAAGUCCUGGUUGAUCUACGUGGUUUUUCGUAGGACCAAACUUCAGAUGCAGACGACCGCCCUGGAGUUUAGGCAGCGGAGUAUUUUGUGGGUGUGGUGGAGUGAGUGGAGGCAGCGACUGGGACAGGUCCGUGUGGGUCAUGCUCUCCAUGCCUCAGCUGUGAAGCACAGAGCCCUGAGCCUCCAGCUGCAGGCUUGGUCACGGUGGCAGGAACAACUCCUGCAUGUCUGGAGGGAGAGAAGGAAGGUGGUCUCCGCAGUGAAACACCAUCAGCACUGGCAAAAGUGGAGAUCCCUAAAGGCCUGGCUUGAAUACCUGCAUGUCCGCAAAGUGAAGAGACAGCGGAAUGAGAUGGCUGAGCGAUUCCACUGUGUCACUGUGCUCCAGACACACUUCUGUGAUUGGCAGUGGGCAUGGGAGCAAAGGAAGAGCUUGUACGCCCACCACGCAUGUGUGGUGGGGCUGGCCAGGAGGAUGGUGCUGCGGCGGGCCUUUACUCACUGGAAACACUACGUCCUGCUGUGUGCCGGAGAAGCUGCCCAGUGGAAGGCGGCAGAAGAGCACCAUAGCUGCAGCUUGCUGCACUUUUGCUUUAGAGCCCUAAAAGACAAUGUGACCCGUGCCCACCUCCAACAAAUAAGAAGGAAUCUUGCUCACCAGCAGCGUGACGUCACGCUGCUGCACAGGUUCUGGAGCCUCUGGCGGUCUCGGACUGCGCAGAGGGAAGAAAGAGAGCAGCUCCCCUUGCUGCGUGCUGCCUGGGACCACUACAGAAUGACGUUGCUACGCGAGUGUAUCAAAUGGUGGUUACAGUAUACUCAGAGGAGGCGAUACAAGCAGCUGUUGCAGGCCAGAGCUAACAGUCACUUCCAGCAGAGAACCCUGCCUGCAGCCUUCCAGGCGUGGAGAAGACUCUGGCAAUGGCACCAGCAGGAAGGUGUCCUCAAUGCAAGAGCAGCACGCUUUCACAGGGAGACGUUAGAGAAGCAAGUGUUUGCUAUUUGGUGGCAGAAGAUGUUUCAGCAUCGAGAACACCGCUUAGCAGAGAGAAUGGCCAUCCUUCAUGCAGAGCGGCAGCUUCUGCGAAGGUCCUGGUCCACGUGGCACCAGCAGGUGGCAUCACGUUGCCAGGAACGGCAGUGGCGAGCUGUGGCCUGUGUCCACCACCGCCGUGGGCAGCUCAGGAAGGCUUUCUGUGUCUGGAGGGAGAGUGCCUGGGGGCUCAGAACAGAGAGGAUGGGCAGGGUGCUGGCUGCAGAAUUCCGCUCGGCACGGCUCCUGUGCUGGGCCUGGAGCAGGUGGAGGGAGUGCCUGGCCCUGCGGGGUGCUGAGCGGCAGAAGCUGACGCGAGCCGACCUGCAUCACCAGCACGCCUUACUGCACAGGGCGCUGCAGAGCUGGGGGACGUAUCAGAGCCGGGUGCGGAGCGUCCUACAAGAGGUGGCAGCCAGGGAGAGCCAGCACAAGAGGCAGCUGCUGAGGGGUGUGUUACAUCGCUGGAGAGAGAACACCGUGGCCCGUGUGGAUGAAGCAAAGAAAACCUCUCGAGCAAGUGCUCACUACAGAAGGACUGUGUGUUCCAAGGUCCUGGUCCAGUGGCGGGAGGCCGUGUCAGUGCAAAUAUACUACCGACAGCGGGAGGACUGUGCUGUCAGGAAGGCCCAAAAGGUGCUCGAUAGGGGCUACCUUAGGAUCUGGUUUCGGCGCUGGUGGGACCGCGGCCAGAGGGCAGCCCAGCGGAGAGUCCAGCUGGAGAGGGCGGUGCAGCAUGACUGCCAGCGGCUGCUGCUGCAGGGCAUGGCCGGGUGGAAGGCGCAUCAUCUGUGCUGCAUCAGGAAGAGGCUCCUGCACAGGCAGGGCGCCCGACUCCGGGCCCAGACACUCAGCCGGUCCUGCUUCUGCCAGUGGAGACAGCAGCUGGUGAACAGGAGGCGGGAGCAGCAGGGCACAGCACGGGCCCUGUGGUUCUGGUCCUUCUCACUACAGGCAAAGGUGUGGGCUGCAUGGCUGGGCUUAGUGCUGGAAAAGAGGAGAAAGAAGGCACGUCUGGAGCGGGCGGUGCAGGCCUACCACCAGCAGCUGCUCCAGGAGGGCGUCACGCACCUCCUGCGGUUCGCAGCUGGCAUGAAGGCCUUCCGGCAGCAGCUGCAUGCCCAGCAGCAGGUGCAGGCAGCCCACAGUCUCCACCGUGCAGUCCAUCGCUGUGCCAUGCUCUGGAAACAGAAGGUGCUGGGGUGGGGCAGGGAGGCUCAGCCCCCCACAUCCACCGUGCCCAGCAGGAGAGUGACAUUUGAGGGUCCUCUUCCCAACCGCAUCGCUGCUGGGGCUGGGGAUGCUGCCCUGGAGACCAAGAGGCCAAGAACUCCUCAUGGGCCUCGGGGAGCUCUAGGCAGCCUGACCCUGGCUGCUGGGGACCCCCAACUCCUGGAGCUCAGUGCUGCCCGCUCGGCAAGGAGGCAGCCUCGACGCCCAGACUUCUUGCUGCAGCCUGUGCAGAGCCAGAGGCCCCUGGGUUGUGGCACCCUCACGGGGCAGGGGCUGAAGGUGCUGCGGGAGCGUAGCCUAGGUGUGGCCCAGCCAGCAGGCCCUUCCGUGAUGAGGCCCUUCCUGGCAAAGGCCCAGACAGCACUGGUCCCAGGCAGCCCCCUGCCCCAGCCCGGGGCCCUGCCGGGCCUCCCUGACCUGAAGCUGCCCCCUACAGCAAAUACAGGCCCGGAGCUGCUGCCCCCUUCCUCCUUCAUGCCACGUGGGGCACAAGCACCCUCCAGGGUGUCAGCACUGCCAACCACCCCUGGGCUUAUGCCCCAGGCCUCACCAUCCCUGGCCAGUGUCCCCGACCCCCACCUGCUCCUUCCUGGGGACUUCACAGGCACCAGGCGUAGGCCUGGCUCUGAAACUGCAGGUGUGCACCUGAGGCCCGUCAGAGCAGCGAGCACUCGUACCACUCCCAGCACCUGGGGUCCCUCUAUUCAGCCUGGGCCGGGCUGGGAGGGUGGUCCAGAUCAAGCUUAUUCUCCUUUUAUCACGGGCCACACCGACCUGGAGGCUGAGCUUGAGGGUAUCCAGCAGCAACUGCAGGACUACCAGACCAUGAAGCAGAACCUCUGGUCCUACCAGCGGCAAGCAAGCAGCCUACGCCGGUGGCUGGAGCUGAGCUGGGAGGAGCCCAGGCCUGAGGACCAGGAAGCAGAGCAGCAGGUGCAGGAAGAACUGCAGGAGGUGAGGCCUCAGGCAGCCCCCGGGGACCAGCUCCCAGGCUGUGCUUCCUCUCAGCUCAGCCUGUCCCUCCCUCACCCCCAGGUGGAACUGCAGAUCCAGCAGCUGGCCGCUGAGCUCCAGGCCCAGCGCCAGCCCAUCAGCACCUGCAUCGCCCGCCUCCAGGCCCUGCGGCGGGCUCUGUGCUAGAGUCAUCGCCCCAGGGAGACAGGUGCGGGGCUUACGGGAGGCCUCAGCCCACCUCCAGGAACAGAACGCAAAGCUGCGAUGAGUUUUAUUUUUUUAUUUCAAAUUGUUGCAAUUAAAUGAAUUACUGUUCAGAAGUCUCCCACUUUUCAUACAAAAAUACUGUGCUACUGAUACAGUUGAAAAAGUUCAAAUGGCUUCUCCUGCAGGAGAAAUUCACAGCAUCCCCAGGAAAGAUGAAACCUGUCCCCACCAUCAGUGGCUCCCGAAAGACUGCGUACCUGUUACCUGGGGACAGGUUUUCUAGGCACUGACCCCUUCCCCCAAACACUCCAAGGCUCUUCUUCUGCCUCCAACACAAGCCCCUGAAUCAAUCAAUAGCAGCAACUUCCCCGUAUUUUAUGUCGGUCUGGAUACGGGGCGGGGACGCAAGCUCUCCCCUGGCCCCAUUCACUUUGGACACCAUUCAGGCAGGUGCAGCAAUUGUUCUUGCCUCCUACAGAGUGGACUUGCCAGCUCCAGAAGGUCACUCACUGGGGCCUGCAAAGCGCCACACCAUUCGUCACCAUCCGCAGAAGAUGCUGGCGGAGCCAGGGGUGAUGUGUUUAGCCACAAGCACAAAGAAGAAAGACCAUUUUUCCCAACGAGCAGGGUGGGGCAAAUAAAUUUGGGACAGAAAGCCGUCGCAUUAAAGGCCAUAUGGCCCUGCUCUGGGGGGCAGUGCUGGCCCACAGUGCCAGAGGCACCUCACCCCAUGCAGGGGAGGCAGAGGGAGAAGGCCAAAAAACAGUGAUGGAAGGAGCAGCAAGAAGGUAUAUUUAUCACUUAACAUCUUAAAAUGGAAAUCAAGACCAACGGAACGCUCAGCCAGGAGAUGUAGGGUCUCCAGUUUAUACAGUAGGUUAAAAAGUCUCCCAAAGGGAAUCUGAGAUCAUC